AGGGGCGAUGCCCGCGCGCCGCUCCCUGUCAAUCAGGCGCGCGUCACUUCCUUUCCUGGUCUGCCGCUUUCUGCUCAUUACAGUUGAAGAGUCCGUCAGUCGAGAAGCUUCAGCUACGGAGACUGAGGCUGCCUCUGCCGCGCGCCAGAUCUUCUGUAUUUGUGUGGCCUCGAGGGGCGGGGCCGGGACCGGGACGGCAGCUUCACGCUCGUUACCCUCGGCUGCCGCCGCCGCCGCCGGAGAACCAGCCCUGUGGAGCCGAGCCAGGCCCAGCCAAGCCGGGCCCUCGAACGGAAAGACUCGGAGGAACCUGCUGCUGCUGAAACUGAGGGCCGAGGGGAGAGUCACCCGGCAACGAUUAACAGCUGAGGUACUGAUCGAGUUCUGCUCUUCUUCAAUGAGGAACUACAGGCUGAUCUUCUGCCAUAACCUCAAGCAGCCAUAAAUGACAAAAGAAUGCUUGAAAGACAGCUUUGAUAUUGGGCUGCAUAAAGAUAUGAGGAAGAGCUCCUCCCCUUCUUUGAGUAACUGCAACUCUGUUCUCACUAACAAAAUAUUUGGAAUUCCACUCGAUGAACUCCAGCAGGAAGGACAGCCAGGCAGUGAAGUUCCAUUCAUAGUCCGCCAUGUUGUGGACUAUAUUGAGGAACAUGGAGGUCUAGAGCAAGAAGGACUUUUUCAAGUCAAUGGAAAUGCAGAAACAGUGGAGUGGCUUCGGCAAAGAUAUGACAAUGGAGAAGAUGUGGAUCUGGUUAAAGAAGCGGAUGUACCUUCAGCUAUUAGUCUUCUUAGAUUUUUUCUUCAAGCACUUCCAGAACCAGUUAUUCCUAGCACUCUACAUAUGCAUUUGAUACAACUUUCUCAAGAUUUUAAUGAAGAUGAAUUUGGAAGAAAGUUGAGGUUUCUCUUGCAGCAGCUUCCGCCUCUUAAUUACAGUUUGUUAAAGUUUCUGUGUAGAUUUUUAGCUAAUGUAGCAACGCAUCAUGAAGAGAUUUGGUCUGCAAGUUCUCUAGCUGCAGUUUUUGGUCCUGAUAUCUUUCACAUUUACACAGAUGUGGAGGAUCUGAAAGAGCAAGAACUUGUUAGCAGAAUAAUGGCGGGGCUGUUAGAAAAUUAUGAUGAACUCUUUGAAAAUGAAGAGGAAGAUUUUUCAUCUAAUGAUUUAAGUUCAGUAACCGAGCAGAGAUUGCCAUACUGUAUAGUUUUUCAAAUGAAGUGUUUUUACAUGAAAUGCUCAUUUGGAAUUGCAAAAAUAAUCAGAAUGGCUUACAAAGUUCUACUGCACAGUGCUCAUCUCUCUCCCUUAAGCAUCUUGCCAGCCUCUGCAGACAUCUUGGAAAGAACAAUUAGAGCAGCUGUGGAACAACAUCUCUUUGAUCUGCAGAGCAUAGAUCAAGAUCUCAAGAAUUUACACCACCACCAAAUGGUGUGCCAAGAAGCAAAUAUUAAGGGGGAUGAAGGAUCUAACAACCAGGAUGAUACUGAAAAGAAUAUUACUAAAGAUGGUGAGAAUCUUGGUGACUGCUCUGAAGCUGUGGAUUGCACUAAUUUAGACAAUGAAGUUAUGCAGCCUGUGUCUGAGGAAAAGGAAAAUUAUCAGGAAGCAGGCAUAUUAUUGCAGCCAUGUGAUGGAACAGAAGACGCUAAAGAGUCUGUUGGAGAUAAGCAAGAUUGUACAUCAUUUGAUGAUGGCGACAAAAUGACUUCACACGUGAUUCUGGGUUUUAUUAGCAAUGUUUGUGAUCCAAGUGUCAAAAAUGAGUUGGAAGAACUGAAAAACAGAAACAACAAUGCUCCUGAAGCAACAUUGUGUGUCCCUGUACCACAUCUUGAUUUGAAGAAUGUGAAUGGUGGUGACAAAUGGGAAGCACCAUGCCCUAUCACUUUUCCCCUCAUUGAUUUCAAAACAAUGCAUCUGCAGACAGAAGGGGAGGAGCCGUUUCCGGCUUUUAAAUCUUGGCAGGAAGAGAGUGAAUCUGGAGAAGCUCAGCUUUCUCCACAAGCUGGAAGAAUGAAUCAUCCUCUGGAAGAAGACAGUCAUCCCAUAUUGUCCCAUCGGAGUUUGGAUUUUGGACAAAGCCAGCGUUUUCUGCAUGAUCCAGAAAAAGCAGAUUCUUCAUCUAAAGCACUUUCUUUUGUUAGAACUCGAAGAGCAUCAUUUAAUAGUUCUAAGGAUGACAGAAGGGAAGACAAGACUCCUUAUCAGCUAGUCAAAAAGUUGCAGAAAAAAAUAAGGCAGUUUGAGGAGCAGUUUGAAAAAGACAAAAAUUUCAAGCCGUCGUAUUCUGAUAUUGCAGCAAAUCCAAAGGUUUUAAAGUGGAUGACAGAGCUUACCAAAUUGAAAAAGCAAAUAAAAGAUGCAAAGCACAAAAGCUCAGAUGGAGAAUUCAUACCUCAGACACGACCACGAAGUAACACUCUUCCAAAAAGCUUUGGCUCAUCUUUGGAUCAUGAAGAUGAAGAAAAUGAAGAUGAUCACCGGGUUGCACAGAAAGAAAGGAAGCCUACCAAGGAGGCCACAGUUGAACUAAUUUUUAAAAGGCUGAAGGAAAAACGAAUUGAAAGCUGCCUUCCAGAAGAUAUAAAGAAAAUGACAAAGGAUGAUCUGGUAGAAGAAAAAACGUCUCUCCAAAAAAGUCUCUUGUACUAUGAAAGUCAGCAUGGACGACCGGUCUCCAAAGAAGAAAGGCAUGUUGUUAAACCUCUCUAUUGACAGAUACAGGCUUGUGAAACAAUGUUACUCGAGGCAAGCAUUACUCCCAUCCUUGGCUCACCAUCAACCAAAAGACGAGGUCAGAUGUUACAACCUAUCAUUGAAGGAGAAACAGCCCACUUCUUGAAGAAAGCAAGGUAUUUAUCUAUCCAAAGACAACAGAGGUCCCAUAAGGGCCUAUAGUGUACUCUUCACUGCCUCUUAAAAACUAACACCCAAACGCAGUCUAUUACUACUAGUCCAGUUGAAAACUCAGAAUCUGAUGUUGAAGAAAGUCAAGAGAAAUUGACUCGAGAGCUUCGUCUGUCGAGUACACGUGCAGCUUCCAUGCCUGAAUUAUUGGAGCAACUUUGGAACCAGAGCGGAAAAAAGAAAUUGCGCAAAACUCUACGGGAAUUUGAAGAAGGGUUUUAUCAGCAGAAUGGAAGAAAUGUUCAGAAAGAAGAUCGUGCUCCCAUGCUUGAUGAGUACAGAGAGUACAAGAAAGUUAAAGCCAAACUGCGGCUUCUUGAAGUCCUUAUCAGCAAACAAGAUUCUUCAAAAUAAAUUAAGUUUCUUCAUAAUAGUGAAAGGUUGUUUUCUUAUGAUGUCCAUAGUACUGUUAGGUGUUCACUUUUGUCUUGCGCUGUUGAAAGAAUGCAGUUUUUGUACAUUUUAUGGUGCCACAUUUGAAAGGCAAGUAGGUCCUAUCUAGAAAGCUAACAAAAAACUCAAAAAAAUUGACUGCUCUGUCCAACUUUAGAAAACAUUUUCCUUGUUUCUUUUAAUUAAAAAUGCAUCUUCCUCCCAAAAGACUGUAGAACUAGAACCAUUCAGAAACUCUGGACCUUCUAACUUCGUUUCAUCUGCAUUUGUUAGUGUUGUACUGAACUCCCUCUGUUGCCUUUUUAUGCUGGGGAACAAUGGCAGCAAAUUUAAGAACACAACUGUGUUUUUCAACACCAAACUGAACUGAAAUGCCUUUCAGAGGACCGCUGCAGAAUAACUUUGUUUGAUUUCAAAUGACAUUUUUCAUAUGAUAGAAUGGUUUAUGGUCUGUAGAUAUUGCAACUUAAAGCUCCUUGGUCUUCAGUUUCAGAUUACAAUGGACAAACCAGAAAGUGACCUUGCUUGUUGUAUUUUUAAAACUUGGAAAAACCUGAACAUUUAUAUCACAUAUUGCCUACAAGACUUGCAUUACUGUUAAUUUAUCAAUUUAUCAGCUGAUGGUGAUUUAGUGUGUGAUCUCAAGUGGGUAUUGCAUCUUACCUUUGUAUGGGAGAGUGUCUGUGCUCAGAUGUGUACAGCUCCAGGUUUGCGCUACUUAACUCUGUUGUAUCUGAAAUAAGCAUAUCCACCCUUUACCUUUUUACCAAGGGCUAAAAUAAAAUCAUUAGUGUGAUGGAUUCAAGGUAGAUACACAGUUUGAGAAAAGUCUCUCUGCUAUGUCACUGUUGUAAAAAUGGAAGGAAAAGUGAUUUGUCUGUGACAUUAAGCAGAUAUCAUAUGGUUAUUGCAUGAUGAAGCUUCAGAAUUGAAACAUUUUUGUGAUGUUUAUUUUGCCUAGUAUAGAUGACAGUAGCCUUUAAUGGUUCUUCUCAAUCCCCUCCCUGCCCCACUUAAAUCUGCAUAGUCUGAAAGGCUCUAUACAGUCUGCACAUAGUAAGAUUAUAAAAGGUCAGAGACUCCGUUUUACCACCUGUCUUUAUGGCAUGUGUGCAGACACUGUACCUCAGGCUCUUAAAAAUGGUUUGAUGAAUUGAGUGCCACUGUGUGCACACUGAACGGGAAGGAACAGGGCAAUGUCAUGGGAUUCCUUUGCAUGUGGGUGCUGCAUCUGUGGCACAACUGGACUGAGCCCUAAAUGUUGAAAUUGGCACAUUUUUUAAUCUUUUGUACUGUGGCCAUGUUUUUGUAUGUGCCUAUUUGCUGCAUGUGUUAUGAACAUCUAAUGUCAACACAGAUAUUGAUUCUCAUUGCUUUUUGAAAGACCAAAAAAAUGAAUGUCUGUGAAAUAAGUGGCUAGCAUGUAAUUCAUCAGGUCAGUGUGUUAACAUGGAAUAGAUAGAAAGUAGAUUUUCAAUACUCCAUACUUGCCUGUUUGCUACGUCUCUCUAUUUUUACUGUGAUUAUAGGCAUGUAAUUUUGGAACCCAAGAGCACUGAAAUGAGAUUAUAUUCAAAUGCUUUGCCUUUUUAUACAACUAGAAGGUUUUUUUAGUAGUGAAUUACAGGUUUGGAAAUUAAUCUGGAGAUCAUCUGUGGCUUUUAUUCAGCUCCAUUGUGCAAUGUACACUUCACUUUGUUUUCUAUCAAUCUGCAGACACAGGUGCACCCAAACAUUGAAACUUAUGUGUACUGUACAGUGUUGUACAUGAAUGUUUUAUAUACCACAUGCAAAAUGUCAAUAUGCACUAUUUAAAUGUUUUAAAUAAUAUAUUCCUCCUUUAUAAUGCUUAAAUCUAUAUGAUUCCAAUAUUUUUAUAAAGUGAGUGAUCAGACUGGUUCUACUUCAGAAUUAACAGCUGCUUUUGUGUGUUAUGCAGUGUUUGGCUGUUUGUUCAGUAUCGUAGCUAGCAUGGCAUCAGUUAUGCUGAGAGUGUGUGUUGUGCCAUCUUAUUGAGCAAUAAAUGGUAGUGUUAGGCAUUUGUGAUAUAACAUAGUUUUACUUUGGUAUAAGUAAAAACUAUAUGUGGAUAUAUAGAUAUAUAAAUAUAUAUAUAAAUAAACCAGAUAUAAAUGAUUGCUAUGUCUGGCAUUUCAUUGUAUAGAUUUUUAUAAUAAAAGGAUCUUUUAUUGUCAUACUCCAUUGUGUGUUUGUGGUGUGUAUGUGUGUGUGCGUGGAACAUGUGUUGUUUCUCCUAAUUGACUCUGGGGCGUUUAAACAAGGUUUUAACAAUUGUUUGUUUUAAUCCUGUGUGCUGUUGCCUAAAAUUCUACUGUUUGGCUUUAACACGUAGUCCUGGCUUAGAGUCUCAGAACUGGUGGUAGUUGAAGUUUCACCAGAAACAAGCAUGUACUUGUGUUUUUUAUCUUGUUACAUUGUAAGCUGCUUUAAAGGCCUUCAGGUUGAAAGGUGACCCAUAAAUAAAUAAAUAUAUUCAUUGUG